UGUGUUGGUCUGAUGGACUCCCAGAGAAGAGCUCAGACUUCUGGCUCCUGCUGAUAGCUUGCAAAGGUGAUGGAUUAAUAUGCUGCAGGCUUCAGAAAAGGAAGGAAGACUCCUGCAUUCACCUAAGCAGCAUGGAGACCCUGGGGUGUUUCCAGCAUAUAAUGAUGGGUGUAUGUCUCUCGGUGGCAUCUAUCAAAGGGACUGAAGACAGAGACCCAGUGACUGGUCUGGAAAGGAGGCUGGGUCCAGGCAUCAAGGCAGAGGGCGGAGGCUCGGCCAGGAAGCAACCAGAGGCUGUUUGGAGAUUGCCCCACCCCACCUCCACUUACCCCUAUCCCAGUCUUCUGUGGAGCUCUGGGGCCGCCAUGGCAAGGUGGAGACAAGUCAGCUCGGCAAGGGGGUCCCAGGGACAAAGCGCCAGGGGGGCACCAGCGCAAAAAGGUCCUCCAGGAAAAGCCACCUCCUGCCCACCCAACAGCCACUACUAUCCCUGCACAACAGCCUGCCCGGCCUCCUGUGCGGAGCCCGCUUCUCCAGACACCUGCCGCUUGCCCUGCGUGAAAGGGUGCGCCUGCGACAGCGGCUUCCUCCUCUACAAUGGCAGCUGCGUCUCCCGCCGGCAGUGUGGAUGCCGGCACGAGGGCAAGCACUACCCGGUGGGCUCCCAGUUCUGGACUGACCACACCUGCUCCUCCAGAUGCACCUGCCCCACUCCUGGUGGCCAGCUGGGGUGCUCCAGCGAUUCCUGCCCCAAAGGUUCUUACUGUGGGGUUGAGAACAGCACUAUUGGAUGCUACAACUACACGCACAAGGUCUGUCGAGUCCACGGAGACCCCCACUACAGCACCUUUGACAAUGAGAACUACCACUUCAUGGGCAACUGCACCUACACCCUGGCCAAGCUGUGCAGCAAGUUGGCGGAGCUGCCCCACUUCAACAUUGAGGCCAAGAACGAGUAUCUGGAGAGCCCCUCCCGGAGUUUUGUCCACAAGGUGCUCAUGGACCUGUAUGGCCACCACAUCGAAAUCCAUAAGGGCAACCAGCAUCAAGUGCUGGUUGACCAAAUAUGGAGGACUCUCCCAGUGAAACAUGGCAAAGGCUCAGUAAGUGUGAGCAGAAGCGGACGGUAUAUUUCCGUAGAGACAGAUUUCCAGCUGAUCAUCAACUAUGAUGCUGACCACUUAGUGGAAAUCCGGAUGCCCACCACCUUUGUCAAUGCGACCUGUGGCCUGUGUGGGAACUUCAACAACCUCAAGGACGACGACAACUUGAUGCCCAAUGGGCAGCGAGCCAAGAACGCCACUGAGCUGGGGAAGAGCUGGCAAGUGCCAGGUGCCGAGUAUGACCGGCCUUAUUGUGAGGUCCCAGACAUCACCCCGCCCUGCAGCACGUACCAGGAGGAUGCUUACAAGGAGAACGAAUUCUGUGGGAUUCUAACCAAUAGUGAGGGGCCCUUUCAGGUCUGCCACUCGACCAUCAGUCCCGAGAGCUUCUUUGAUACCUGUGUCAGGGACAUGUGUGCCUUCAACGGAAAGCAGACGCUGCUGUGCAACACUCUUGGGGCCUAUGGGGAUGCAUGCCAGAGAGAGGGUGUGGCCCUUGGCAACUGGAGAAUCGACACCUUCUGCCUCUUCCUUUGCCCAUCCCACAGUGAGCAUGAUAUGUGCACCAGCGCCUGCCCCACCACUUGUGCCAACCCUAUGGCCCCAAAGAACUGCAGCAAGCCUUGUGUGGAAGGCUGCAAGUGCCAUGAAGGGUAUAUUCUGAGCGGACAGCAGUGCGUCUUGACGGAGGAUUGCGGCUGCUUGGACGAAGGCAAAUAUUACGAGAAAGGGGCAACAUUCUGGAAAACGGACUGCAGAGGUCGAUGCCAUUGUGCGGAAAACGGCACUCUAACUUGUAACACAGAAACAUGCAAGGCGGACCAGAUUUGCAAGGUGCAGAAUGGGAUCCUGGCCUGCUACACUUCAGACAAGGCCUCUUGCCACAUCUACGGGGAUCCACACUACGUCACCUUUGAUGAGAGACUGUACCAUUUCCAGGGAGGGUGCAACUAUACGGCCGUGGAGACAUACAACCACUCCUCAGAGGAGUUCUCUGUGACCAUUAGGAAGGAGCGCCAGGGACACCAGGCCUGGACAGCCCUCAAUGCAGUGGCCGUCUCUCUGAAAAACCUGCAUAUUGCUCUGAGGAAGAACAAAGAGGUGUCAAUGGAGUGA